UCAUCACACGAGAUAACCAGCGGACUUUGACAACAACAAGAACAAGAUGUCUACGUCAGGCUCGACGGUCGUGUUGUUACUAAGUAUUGCUUUAGCCUGUCAAGCACGGCUGCAUGUUGACAUCCCCCGACAAGCUGAUGUAGAGGACGUGGUUGGGGAGAUCGCCACGAUGUCUCCCCAACACUACGUCACGGUGUCUGCCCCCGCGGCCACUAUCACAAGCCCCGGUUAUCCCAACAAAUACUCCCCGAACCUCACAAGCGUUCUCCUGUCCAUCGGCGUCCCCUACGACAAGACCGAGGGCUACGUGAGCCUCCACUUCACCUGGUUCGACAUCCAGAUGUGCCCCUUCUGCAGCUGCGACUACCUCUACAUCGACACGCUGAAGACGUCGCUGUGCGGGGACAGCCUUCCGCCAGGCUACGUCAACAACACCAUCAUCAUUCCAAGGAGUGAGAUAAAGAACAACCUCAUCACGCUCAGUUUCCGGUCAGAUGACCACGAGCAGCAUUCAGGCUUCGUCAUCGACUAUGAACUGCACUUGCACAGGCACAAGCCAUCCACGCCCUUCACCAGGACGUGGUGUCCCGCGGUAACCUGCCCCAUGUGUGGACUUGGAGAGUUCCAUGAGGUGAUCAACACAUCAUCUUGUCCGACGUGCGUGUGCACUGCAGUGAAACCUUCAACCCCGCUCCCGCCCUCCAGGUGCCCCGUGCUCACCUGCCCCACGUGCCCCCGGGGGCAAGUCCCUGAAAGACACUACACAUUACCGUGCUCGACGUGUGUGUGCACUGCAGUGACACCUUCAACCCCACUCCCGCCCUCCAAGUGCCCCGUGCUCACCUGCCCCACGUGCCCCCGGGGACAAGUCCCUGAAAAACACUACACAUUACCGUGCUCGACGUGUGUGUGCACUGCAGUGACACCUUCAACCCCGCUCCCGCCCUCCAGGUGCCCCGUGGUCAUUUGCCCCGCCUGCCCUCCGUGGCAAAUUGCUGAAAGACAGUACGACAAGGCGUGUCCCAGGUGUGUCUGUGUCCGCUCCUACACCUCCACACCACCCCCGCAGAGAGCAACUGCAACAACAGUGGGAGGACAGCCCUCGAUGCUGUUACAGAUGCUGCAGAAUGUCGCACACCGCGCAGAAACCCUGGAGUACGCUGCGCGUGACAUGAAGGAAGAGAUGAGGAUCGCCAUCACGCUACUGAUGCAGUCUCCGGUCAGGCGGACACUCGGCUCUCAGCAGCGGAUACUACAGGAUACACCCAAGCUCCCAGACAGUGUGAAGGAUGUCAAGCUCCCGAAACAGUAGUUUUCCAAUCGGCAAACCAUCGUCCGUCAACCUUCAGUGAAUUUGACAUCAGGAAAUAUGCCUGGUGUUUUGAGAUCGUGCAGUGAUAACCGACGACAAUCAGACCUAUUUCAAAGAUGUGCAAUAAACUAUCGUGUCAAAGUAAACUUCUUAU